GUGGGCGUAGGCAGCUCUUCCACCCCAAGAGAGAAUCCUCCCCGACGACCGAGAGCGAGCAAGCAUGGCUGAGACCCCCAACAGCGCGGCCGUGGUGCCCGGCGAGGAGACGACGCAGGCGCAGGAGAUCCUGCACCUGCAGUGCCGCUUCUACGAGCAGAAGUUCCCCGAGAUCGAUGAGCUGGUCAUGGUGAACGUGCGCUCCAUCGCCGAGAUGGGCGCGUACGUGUCGCUGCUCGAGUACAACAACAUCGAGGGCAUGAUCCUGCUGUCCGAGCUGUCGCGCCGCCGCAUCCGCUCCAUCAACAAGCUCAUCCGCGUGGGCAAGAACGAGGUGGUCAUGGUGCUGCGUGUGGACAAGGAGAAGGGCUACAUCGAUCUGUCCAAGCGUCGUGUGUCCCCCGAGGACAUCGCCAAGUGCGAGGAGCGCUACAACAAGGCCAAGACGGUGCACGGCGUGCUGCGUCAGGUGGCCCAGGAGAACCACCUGGAGAUCGAGGACCUGUACUCGAAGGUGGCCUGGCCGCUCUACAAGAAGUUCAAGAUCGAGACGGUCAGCGACGACGAGAAGAAGGUCGAGUACGUGCACUGCUACGACGUGUUCAAGAUGGGCAUCACGGACGACUCGGUCUUCGAGGGACUGGACAUUACGCCCGAGAUCCUCGCGGCGCUCAAGGCUCAGAUUCGCCGCCGACUAACCCCUCAGCCCAUCAAGAUCCGCGCGGACAUUGAGGUCACGUGCUUCACGUACGAGGGCAUUGAGGCCAUUCGCUCGGCCCUGCAGGCUGCUCAGAACAUUGGCACGGACGACGUGCCCGUCAAGGUUAAGCUGAUCGCGCCGCCGAUGUACGUCAUGACCACUAGCACGCUGGACAAGCAGAAGGGCAUCCAGAAGCUGCAGGAGGCCAUCGAGGCUGUGCGGGAGCACAUCACGGCCAAGAAGGGCACGAUGUCCGUCAAGAUGGAGCCGAAGGUGGUGAGUGUGAACGAGGAGAAGGAGUUCCUGCAGAUGAUUGAGAAGCUCGAGAACGAGAACCGUCUCGUGGACGGCGACGCCCCCGAGGAUUAGAGAGGCACAGAUCAGACAGGAGCGAGUUCGGUUAUGAUGGACGAUGCCGAGGACUUUUCGUUCGAGCUUAGCAACUUGCGCGUGCUGCGGGCUUCCUGCCGCACCCUCGCCGUGUACACCACUUGUGGCUCGAAGCUCGUCGGUUCGCCUGUGACAGAUUAGAUGGCAGCGCUCUGCAUGCACACUCAAUACAGCUGAAUGCACUGCGCACCUUUGUGGUGGUGAAUUCGCGCUUUUAUAUAC